AUGUCCUUCUCGACUAACUUUGAACUUGUGCGUUUGAUAAAAACUUGCUAUGGAAUCGAUGUCACAAAGUAUCGAUCAAAGAGAACUGGAUUAAGUGUUGUGCAUAUUGAUGUUGAAGGUCCACUCGUUAAUGGAUAUUUCGUAUUGGCAACCGAAGCUCAUGAUGACGAUGGAUGUCCGCAUACUUUGGAACAUCUGGUGUUUCUAGGCAGCGAACUGUAUCCAUAUAAAGGUGUUCUCGACAUGCUUGCUAGUCGCGCUCUAUCUCAAGGAACCAAUGCAUGGACCGAUACAGAUAACACUUGCUAUACUAUUACUACCGUCGGCAACGAAGGAUUUUUGAAUUUGUUGCCCAUUUAUGUUGAUCAUAUAUUAUAUCCAACAUUAACUGAUAGUGGAUAUGUUACAGAGGUUCAUCAUAUUAAUGGAAAAGGCGAAGAUGCUGGGGUAUUAUAUUAUUCAUUCUAUUAA